AAGCACAGAGGACCAGAAGGAAUGGUGCAGUACGUGACACCAGGAGCACAAGACACCAGGAAAUGUGGAAUGCAACGAGGAUCGAAAUCACUGGAUAGCCCAUCGACCCUGUGCCCGACAGGCUUGGAAGUAGCUUUGAAGUAUUGAGUUGAAGAGCAGUGAUCGGUGAAAGAAGUAACUGCAAAGGACAAAAGCAAGAAGUCAGCAGAUGUUGAAAAUCCAGAGCCAAUGAGAGCAUCGAGCAUCAGUCUUCGACAUUAUCGGGUACAGUAAAAUGGAAAAGUGUUGAGACCCAGGGGCGAAGAGCAGUGGCGGGGCGCGAAGGCGGAAUUUUAGCAAGGCCGUUUCUGUUUUGAUUCCAAAUGUUCUCUACCUCAAAUUCUAAGGUGAUUUCAAUCGAGGCUCGUAUCCGAAUGGGGUUGUACACUUCGUCAUCUGGCGCCCCGAAAACAAAGAGCUCUUUUCAGCUGUGUGCCUCUUGGAGUCGUUGAGUCUCUUGAGCAUCAGCAGCUCUCGUUAACCUCUUCUUGCAACCGUUUAAUUGAGGAGACAUGCGCAUCUCUUCCUCCUGGGCAAAGGUCGUCUCAGCCAGGAUAGGCUGUUAUCAGAUUGCAAUGCCUGUGUAACUUAUCUACCUUCAUUCUCGGAAGUAAAGAAGUUCACCAGCAAGCGGAGGAAGUGCGAGCUUGUGCCUCAGCAUCGAAAAUUAAGUUCAGAGCCCUCGAAACCUAAGCUGCUGCCAGUCUGUUCCUCAAACUGAUCUGACCUUGCUCAGUUUCACGAAAGUAGACAACUUUGGAAUGGCUCUGCUGAGGUCUGUGGGAGUAAUUCAGAGCCGCCCUGUAUCUCUUGGAACUUCUGAACUGCCUGCAUUGCCUCUCAAUGCACAAAUUGCAUCGAUCUCCGGCUCCUACUCAUCUUGGAGAAAAGCAACAUUCCGAAGUGCUCGCUUGAAUGAAACUGCUCCUCGGUGGAAGGAUACAAGACAGCUGGAACAACUACUGGAUUACCGAAAUAGGUCAUCCACGUCAAGUACUAGACGAGCUGUAACGCCAGGGCUUGUCGUCAAGGCCUUACAAGGAGCAGGGCGAUCUCCAAGAAGGUUGGUGGAUGUCAUAAGGGCCAUCCCAAGACUUUCUAAGGCUUACUUCAAGAGCCCAUUUCGGAGAGCUCUGUAUGGAGGAAUAUCUCUACUUGGUGGAUUUUAUGUGGCACAGACAAUUUCUCUAUCUUUUGGUGCCCUAGGAGUCAACGAUGUUAUUGCAGCUGCCAUGUGUGUGCUGUUUGCAGAAUAUGUGACACGGUACUAUUACACUCGUGAGAAGGUUAGUUUCACCUUAGCUCUUUUGAACAAUUUCAAGAUGGGAUUUACCUACGGCCUGUUCAUUGAUGCAUUCAAGCUCGCAAGUUGACUGUGUCCCUAUAAAAUUCGCAGACGACGGCCAACACAUUGUUGGAGCCGGAAAUCCUGAUGCAAAUAUGUGAGCCUUUCAAACCCUCGUGGUCGUGUAUUCUCUUGUACAAACUCUUAUUUUUCUCAAGGUAUAAGCUCUCUGGGCUGCG